AUGAAAAUCACCAGGUCUAGAUACCUAAUCCUCGCACUGGUCCUCGUGUGUGGGCUGGUUCCAGAGGUUACGGCAGAUGUGGAAGAAGCCUCCGAUGGCCUCAGCACUACCCAGGAACCCAUAUGGCUCACCGACGUCCCAGCCACCGUGGAAUUCAUCGCUGCCACUGAAGUGGCUGUCAUAGGCUUCUUCCAGGAUUUAGAAACACCGAUCGUGUCUGUGUUCCGGAGCAUGGUGCAACAGUUCCGAGAUGUAUCGUUUGGAAUCAGCAACCAUUCUGAGGUCCUGACCCAUUACAAUGUCACCAGCAACAGCAUCUGCCUCUUUCGAUUGGUUGAUAAUCAACAACUACAUUUGGAUGCUGAAGACACUGAAAAUCUAGACGCUGCCAAAUUGAGCCGUUUCAUUCACAUGAACAACCUCCGCUGGGUGACGGAGUACAGUCCUAUGACUGCAGCUGGCUUAUUUAACACCAUGGUUCAGACCCAUCUUCUCCUGAUGAUGAACAAGGCUUCCCCAGAGUACGAAGAGAGCAUGCGCAGAUAUCGGAAGACAGCUAAGCUCUUCCAGGGGCAGAUUCUCUUUGUUCUGGUGGACAGCGGCAAAAGGGAAAAUGGAAAGGUGAUAUCCUAUUUCAAACUAAAAGAGUCUCAGCUGCCAGCUCUGGCCAUUUAUGAAUCUGUAGAUGACAAGUGGGACACACUGCCCAACACAGAAGUUACGGUGGAGAAAGUCCAAGGUUUCUGCAAUGGAUUCCUACGGGGGAUGUUGCUUAGAGAUCACAAAGCUGAAGAAGACUCUGGGAAGGAGGAGCUCUGACCACUCCCUGGAACUUCUC